UCAAUAAGGAAGUGGAGAAAACAACUAGAAGAAGAAUAAGUUGGAUAAAAUCCGUAUUUUCUAUCAAUUCCAUGCGACUCUUUGGUUAAAGCGACUUCACGUAAAAGGCCUUUGGACUGGGACUGUGUAAAACUGAAAAGGUCAUGGAGAGGAUCUGCCUCUGUUAGACGAUCUUUCAGACACAGGGCCAGUGUGCAGCGUUGUGGUGGAGUGUAGUGAGACUGAGCUGCUCGUCAUGUUUGAAGCCUGAUGCCCACCCUGCCCUCAGCGCUGGCCAUGGACGGGGAGAGCUACCUGCAUCCAGACGGCUCUCAGCUGGACAGCAGUCUGUUCUCCACGGCUCCAUCCAACAUGGAGAGUUCAUUGUUCGCCUCUUCUGGCUCCUGGGGACCCUACUCUCAGUCCAAUGGAUACAGCAUCCACUGCCCUAUGCAAACUGCAAACCAGCAAUACCACCUGAACAGCAGCAGCAGCAGCACUCCAGUCCCGGAGGUGCACAUGGACAUGUACUCGGGCUUCUCCGAUGUGGACUUCUCUGGUUUAGCCCUCCCCAGAAACGGAGACUUCACCCAGCACGUGGACAGGAAGUUUAUCCCCUGGAAAGAUGAAGAGUCCAGAGAUAGUUUACAUUAUGAAGAGUUAAUAUUGUCCCGUGUAUACUAG